UAGGGGCACAGACUUUCAGAUUCCCAAACCCUGCAAACUUUGUUUGAAGAAUUCAAAAGAAGUUUAAGGCAUACUGAUCAUUUGUGUUCAAUUUCUCUGUUUCUUAAUGGCAACACACUUUAACAGAGUUUGACCAGAGAACAUUUUGAUCAGACACAUGCUUUUACCUUGUAACAGGUCAGAAGAUUCUGAUGAGGUCAAAGCUUUGCAACAGUGGUGAUUAUUUGGAAAAGCUCUGUCCAGCUUUGAGGAGUUCUGGAGGGACCUCAAAUCCUUCACUGCUUGGUUAUCAUUCAUCACUACCUGAAGUCUCAAGUCAUAGAGGUUACUGACUGAAAAGUUAUUCCCUCUUCUGGUAUCAUGAUGAGGCUACACUCAACACUGGGCCCUUGGCUCUUCACGCUCCUAGUGAUGCCAGUCUACUGCCAGAGUGGUGAUGGUGGAGAGUGGGGAUCAGGUGACAUCCCUGGGGCUGUGUUCACUGGCAACACUUCUGCUACAGUGUUCCAUACGGUUGGAGAUGAUCCAGCCAGGACAGAGGGAGCAGCAUGGACCAAACCACAUUUCCAAGCUCUUCCAGAGACAAAAGACGGUGACUGCUCUGUCAGCUUCCACACCAGUCAAGUCAUGUCAAGGCGUUUACGAGCUUUCAGAGAGGAAGUGGCUUAUCUAAAGGCCAUUCAACAUGGGAACCACGCAGUGAUGGAGAACCUGGUCCAGUUUGUUGGAGCAGAAAUGGGAGAUCAACGCUAUGAGGACCUGAUCCAAGAGAAUAUUGUUGGGAUAAAGGAGGAUCAUAUCAGUUGUGAGAGUGUGGUGACAAAAGCAACAGAGGAGAUGGAGAAUCAGCUGGAGGGAGAUGCUCAAGCCACUUUGACUGGAAUUCAAAAAAUAAAAGAGGAGUCCCUUGUCUUUGAAGAAAUGCUGCGUACCACAGCAGACAUCGCCACUCAAAUGGAGAGCUCCUCUCGAGCCCUUCAUGUGGAGUUGAUGAAACAGCUGAGAAAGAACAUGAGACAGCCCCGCUAAACUAAAUCACUCAGUGGGAAACCAUCCGACCUGGAAAAAUAUAUAGUGUUAUUUGACAAGUCACAUCCAUAUUUAUUUGUAAUGUUUUAAUAACAGUGAACUUUUCUUUAUAAAUUAAUUUUUUACAGUUUAUUCUCCAGCUUCCUGUGAUUAAAUGAGAACUGAUUUGACAAGACAACUGUUCUUACAUGCGUUUUACGACACCAAGAGAAAAAUCUCUUCUCUGAAACAGCAAUUAUUAUCAGAGGAUGGAUUGAAACCUGAACAGUAUUUUUCAUUCCAAGCUCUUGUCGUGUUAAUUUGUGAGCCAUAUUAAAGACAUAAUGUCUUUGUGUACAAGGACAUUGAAAAAAAUAAUCAUGGCAGUGAAUUGACAUCUUAAAAGGAAUAUUACCUUUCCAACACACAACUAAAAAGUUACGGUCUCACUGUCUUGGUGCUAGGGAGCAGAUGGUGAAAAGUGAGGGUCUGGAAAUCAGCAUGCAUGCACUACUUGCUUUCUCUCUCAACAAUGUAUGAGGAGAAAGAAAAAAAGAAGAAGAAGAAAAAAAAAGGACAUGGCAGUGAUGUCACUGUGGAAUAAAAAAACUUGCUUUGGCAACUUGAAGCCAGAAUCAAAAGAACAUUCCAGUUAAGCUGAACUCUUUGUGACAGAACAUAUUUGUAAGUGUACUAUUGCAGACAGUUGUGGUCACUUUCCUGUAUGUGUAUCUUUGAAGAAGUUGUUUGUUUAGAAAGCCUGUGUAUAUGUAUUUACUGUAACUACAUGAAAAAUAAAAAUGUAAAUGCCG